CAACACAACACCCAAUGCCUAUAUCACACUAUUCUUCCUUCUCCUCCUCCUUAUAAAUAGCAAUAUAUUCAAUAAAGAGCCUAAUUAAAUCUUGAAAAAUGGCAUCAUGUUUAUCUUUACUCUUUCUUGCUUUACUUGUUGUUUUUCCCUCUUGUCAUGUUCUUUCCCUUUCUUCAUCCAAUAAUGAGGAUGAGUUUAUGGUGUCUUCUGUCAAAUUCCCUGUACCAAUGGCAGAAAAACUCAUCAAACAAUUUAAUUUGUUCCCUAAACAUGAUAUCAACAAGGCUUCAUCAUCACCCUUAGCUGCUACUCAUCAGCAAACUCUCUUUGAGAAGAGAUUCAAUUUAUCUUAUCUUGGUGAUUCUGGAGCCACUGUUCAAGAUUUGGGUCAUCAUGCCGGUUAUUAUAUUCUUCCACAUACUAAAGAUGCAAGGAUGUUUUAUUUCUUUUUUGAAUCAAGAAGCAGCCAGAAUGAUCCAGUUGUUAUAUGGCUAACAGGGGGGCCAGGAUGUAGCAGUGAAUUGGCUGUGUUUUAUGAAAAUGGACCUUUCAAUAUAGCAGACAAUAUGUCACUUGUUUGGAAUGAUUUCGGCUGGGACAAGGUCUCAAACUUAAUAUACGUUGAUCAACCAAUUGGAACUGGUUUCAGUUAUAGUUCAGACGAUGAUGACAUUCGUCACGAUGAAAGGGGUGUUAGCAAUGACCUUUACGACUUUUUGCAGGCUUUCUUCAAGGCACAUCCUCAGUAUGUAAAUAAUGAUUUUUACAUAACUGGAGAAUCAUAUGCUGGGCAUUACAUUCCUGCAUUUGCUUCUCGUGUUCAUCAAGGUAACAAGAACAAAGAAGGAAUUCAAAUAAAUCUUAAGGGAUUUGCCAUUGGUAAUGGACUCACUAAUCCAGAAAUUCAGUACAAAGCCUACACUGACUAUGCAUUGGAUAUGAGAUUGAUCAAACAAUCUGAUUACAAUGUCAUUGACAAGUCAUAUCCAAAAUGUCAACAGGCAAUUAAGCUUUGUGGAACUGAUGGUGGAAGUGCUUGCAUGGCGGCAUAUCUUGUUUGCACAAGUAUCUUCAACAAGAUCAUGAAUGUUGUGGGUAACAAAAAUUACUAUGAUGUGAGAAAGACUUGUGAUGGUGAUCUCUGCUAUGACUUCUCCAACAUGGAAAAUCUCCUCAAUGAUGAAAAGGUUAAACAUGCCCUUGGUGUUGGGGAUAUUGAGUUUGUCUCGUGUAGUUCUACAGUUUACCAGGCAAUGCAGUUGGAUUGGAUGAGGAAUCUUGAAGCUGGUAUUCCUCCACUUCUUGAGGAUGGAAUCAAGCUACUUGUCUAUGCAGGGGAAUAUGAUCUAAUCUGCAACUGGCUAGGGAACUCGAGGUGGGUACAUGCAAUGGAAUGGUCUGGGCAGAAAGAUUUUGGGGCAGCACGAUCGGUUCCUUUUAUAGUAGAUGGUGAAGAGAAAGGAAUUGAAAAGAACCAUGGGACUCUAACAUUCCUUAGGGUCCAUGAUGCAGGACACAUGGUUCCAAUGGAUCAACCUAAGGCAGCACUUGAAAUGCUGCAGAGAUGGAUGCAAGGGAAAUUGUCUAAGGAAGGUCACUUUGCUCAUAUGUAGUUUCUUCAACUUACAACUAAGGCCCAAUAACAGUUCAUACGGAAAAAUGUGACACAAAUCAUGUAAAUACUCUUUCAACAUUUCAUGUCUAUUUUGAGGAUAAUGGUGUUCUGUCUGUGCCAUGUAUUAAAAUGUCGAAAAACCACAUCAAAUCCUGGAAUGAACUUAGAUGUAACAAGUAUUCAUGGUAACUCAUGCAACAAUAGUUAAUAAAAUCUUGAUUUGUUUUUCCAAUUA